CACAUCUCUAGAAGGUCUGGGUUCUGAUAGUGUUUUUAGCUUACCUGAAGAUAACCAUUACCGGAUAAGCAAGAGUCUGGUAAAAUCUGCAGAAGGUAGCACUGUACCCUUAACCAGGGUGAAGUGUCUGGUCUCCAUGACAACCCCACAUGACAUCAGACUUCACGGGUCAUCAGUUACUCCAGCAUUUGUUGAAUUUGACACAUCCCUUGAAGGGUUUGGCUGCCUGUUUCUGCCUAGUUUGGCUCCUCAUAAUGCCCCUACAAAUACUGCUGUCACAACAUGUCUUAAUGAUGGGGCUGUGGUCAGCGGCAUUGGCUCUGGUGAAAGAUUCUUCCCUCCUCCAUCUGGCUUAAGCUAUUCUAGCUGGUUUUGUAUUGAACACUUCAGUUCUCCUCCUAAUAACCACCCCGUCAGACUCCUUACUAUUGUUCGCCGAGCAAAUUCUUCUGAGCAGCAUUACGUGUGCCUUGCUGUAGUUCUGUCAGCAAAAGACCGGUCUCUGAUUGUUUCCACUAAAGAGGAAUUACUCCAAAAUUAUGUUGAUGAUUUUAGUGAAGAAUCCUCUUUUUAUGAGAUUCUGCCAUGCUGUGCCCGCUUUCGAUGUGGAGAGCUUAUAGUUGAGGGACAGUGGCAUCAUCUGGUUUUGGUGAUGAGCAAAGGCAUGCUGAAAAACAGUACUGCAGCCCUCUAUAUUGAUGGACAGCUUGUUAACACUGUAAAG